GGAUCGGAGCAGGAAGGACACGCGAGAUACUCACAGUUCCACAGUGGACAGAGUAAGACCUAACCAUUUCAACUCCGCGUCUGGCUAGAAUGAUCGCGCUUGGAUGGACAUCCGCAUCGAAAGAGUAAUCUUCUUUUUCUGAACGUCACUGUUGGUGAGCAGGGGAGCCCGAAACCAGCGUCCAAAGCGUCGUUGCGCUCACUUGGACUGAUAUUAUUGCAGGACUUCGUGGAAUCAUUCGCUCCGGGAGUUUAAGUGGUACUUCCCACCAAGCUCGCCUUUUUUGCACCCUCUCUCUGCGAAGCUGUCGUGUUGAGAUCCUCCUUUGCAUCGUAGUUUAUUUUUCCAAGGUUGUACCACAUAUUCGCAGGCACUCCAAAAAGUAUUUAUCUCUGGAUACGCACUGGUUUGUGGAACCUAAAUACCAAGCUCUGUCAAGAUUUCACUUCGAUUGUUGGAUGCACCGAUGAGAGAUCCAGUUUUCACAGGGACUGCCAUGGCUUAUCACCCCUUCCACGCUCAUCGGCCAACUGACUUCCCCAUGUCAGCCUUCCUAGCGGCCGCUCAGCCCUCCUUCUUCCCCGCUCUAACGCUCCCUCCCGGGGCACUCACCAAGCCCAUUCCGGAUCAUACCCUUGCCGGAGCGGCAGAGGCAGGUCUUCAUCCGGCUCUGAGUCACCACCACCAGGCAGCUCAUCUCCGUAGCCUCAAGAGCUUGGAGCCGGAGGAAGAAGUCGAGGACGACCCGAAAGUGACAUUGGAGGCCAAAGAUCUGUGGGACCAGUUCCAUAAACUCGGAACCGAAAUGGUUAUUACGAAAUCUGGCAGGAGGAUGUUCCCACCUUUCAAAGUCCGAAUAAAUGGUCUCGAUAAGAAAGCCAAAUAUAUACUGCUAUUGGAUAUAGUCGCUGCUGACGACUGCCGCUACAAGUUUCACAAUUCUCGCUGGAUGGUUGCGGGGAAGGCCGACCCAGAGAUGCCCAAACGAAUGUACAUACACCCGGACAGCCCAGCCACUGGAGAACAGUGGAUGGCCAAGCCGGUUGCUUUCCAUAAACUCAAGCUAACCAACAAUAUAUCGGACAAGCAUGGAUUUGUAAGUAGCAAUACUAUUUUAAAUUCAAUGCAUAAAUACCAGCCGAGGUUUCAUAUUGUGAGAGCCAACGACAUCCUGAAGCUGCCCUACAGUACUUUCAGGACAUAUGUAUUUCCAGAGACAGAAUUCAUUGCUGUCACAGCCUAUCAAAAUGACAAGAUAACACAGUUGAAGAUUGAUAACAACCCUUUUGCCAAAGGAUUUAGAGACACGGGGAAUGGAAGGAGGGAGAAGAGGAAACAGUUGACCCUCCCAUCACUACGCAUAUACGAGGACCAAUGCAAAGUGGACCGCGAUGGAGCCGAUUCUGACGCGUCCUCCAGUGAGCUCAAUACGGGGAGAGACGGUGGGCACUCCCCCAUGAGACCCGCGUCUAGUCCCCUGAGGUUCAGCCGAAGCAGUCGAGAUGAGAAAACUUGCAGUGACAGCGAGCAGGAGCUGGACCAUCAUGACGAGCGUGGAGCUGCAUCCAGUAGCCCUGGACCAGAGCCUCGGUCGCCAUUUAGCCCUCGGUGUGACGACCGGGUCAAGGACAGGCCUAGUGGGGACAAGAAAGACGACUAUCAAGACGCCAAAAAAUCAAACGAUUCGAUCUUCAGCAUCCGAAACUUAGAAAAAGAUAAAACGGAGAGCAAGCACAGGAAGGACACGGAGUCCUCUAAAAAAGACUCGGAUAGUGGCGUCUUGGGCGGAAGCAAGGAUGGCUUUUCUCCCUUGAUGGUUCAGACGGAGAGCCCCUCUCACUUUGGCGCCGGGCAUUUACAAAGCUUGGCGCUCUCCGGGCUGCACAGUCAACAGUUCUUUAACCCACUGAACACCGGACAGCCUCUACUUUUCCACCCCGGACAGCUCGCUAUGGCCCCCGGGGCCUUUUCGGCUAUGGGCAUGGGGCACCUCUUGGCUUCGGUUUCCGGAGCAAGUGGCUUGGAAAACGGAAGUCUGUCUGGCCAAACCACUGGGAAUACAAACCCGUUCCCGUUUCACCUGUCUCAGCACAUGCUCGCCUCGCAGGGCAUUCCGAUGCCAACCUUCGGAGGCCUCUUCCCCUACCCCUACACCUACAUGGCUGCAGCCGCGGCUGCUGCCUCCGCCCUACCCACCAGUACAGCGUCCUCGCUCUCCCGGAACCCUUUCCUCACCAGCUCACGGCCUCGCCUGCGCUUCAACCCCUACCAGCUCCCCGUGUCCAUCCCACAGAGCACAAACCUGCUGACCACCGGUUUGCCCACGGGCCUCAACCCCUCGUCCGACUCCUCGAAAUCUGGCAGCCGAGAGUCGAGUCCUGCACCUGAGCAAAACCACAAAGCCACCGGCAGCAGCCAGAGAAACAGCUCGCCCAAGUUGUCCAUGAAGGAAUCUAUAAACGAACUGCAGAAUAUCCAGAGACUGGUUAGCGGCCUAGAAAGCCAGAGGGAGUCCUCACCUACUCGGGAUUCUCCAAAGUGACCAGGAGAGAGCCGUGCAACUUUUCACUGCGUCACCUGACGUGACUGUGGGGAUGUCUGAACAGGUCCGAGCGAACAUAUCCCUCUACCUAUAAUGACGGAUUGACGAAAUGGUCUUUGCUCACAAAAAAAAACAAA